AUGGAUAUCAUUAUCGCUUCGUUCGACUCGAUAUCAGAAGUCAACAUGGACUACACGAUCACCAUGUAUUUACAUCAAUAUUGGACUGACGAACGGCUCUCGUGGGGUGGUUCAGUACCGAUAGAUGAAAUGACUUUGAGUGGAGAAUUCUCUCAAAAUAUCUGGGUACCGGAUACAUUCCUUGCCAACGACAAACACUCAUUCCUUCAUGAAGUCACCGAACGCAAUAAAAUGCUGAGGAUUAGCGGCGAUGGAAAAAUCGCCUAUGGAAUGAGGCUCACGUCAACGCUUAGCUGCUCGAUGAACCUACGCAAUUUUCCAUUGGAUUCGCAAAAUUGUACGGUAGAAAUAGAAUCAUAUGGCUACACUACAUCAGAAGUACUUAUGCUGUGGAAUCGUCCAAAAGCUGUUCAUGGCGUUGAGGACGUUGAUGUCCCACAAUUCACCAUCACUGGUUACCAAACAGAAGAUCGUGUUGUCAGCACAGCUACA